AUGGCAGCAGAACUUACUGCUCCUCUCCAAGCCUCUCUGGCUUCUUCCAUAUCAGUCAUUAAUGCCACAGCAACAGCUCUUACCACCGCCAAUCCGGGACAAGGCCUCUUUGGCACGACUGGACAUGUUCUAGCGACUAUGAAAGUCGUGCCUACGUUUCUAGUAUGGCUGGCAGCGUUCGCUACAUUCACCCUUCCAGCAUGGCUAUAUGCGGGUUUGUCCACAAGCCUGACUGUCACGAUCAACGCUACUACCUUAUUCCUCAAUGUAUACACUCGUUUGCCGCAGGAGCCACCUAGGAAAGAGCCUCAGAUCGAUAUCUUCCCCGAUACCUCAGAUGGGGACUCAAAGCCUGGCCUUGGCCAAUACUUCGACGAGAUAUUGAGCGCAAUCAAAGUCUUCGGCUACCUCGAGCGACCUGUAUUCCAUGAGCUUACGAGGACAAUGCAAACCAAAAAGCUAAUAGCUGGGGAGACGCUGCUUCUAGAAGAAGAGAAAGGAUUCUGCCUGGUGGUCGACGGAUUGGUACAAAUUUUCGUAAAGAGCUUGAGGGAGGACACUAACGUAUCUGGUGAAUCACACGGGUUUCUGGACGAUGAGAAUGGUUACCAUGAUGGCAGUCAAGGGUAUCAACUGCUCACUGAAGUUAAGAACGGUGCGUCAAUGUCGUCCCUUUUCUCCAUCCUUUCUCUGUUCACAGAGGACGUGAGGUUGAGGUUCGAUGAGUCGUCUCGACCAGCAUCUAGCAAUGGCUUUGUGAACCCUCCAACACCUGGCUUUAUGCAAAGCUCUACUGGACCGUCAACACCUAUCCAUGAGACCACAUCCAGCAAACAUGUUCUAUCAGAUGGUGUGAAAAGCUCGAAACUUGCCAAGGUUCCACCUCUUACUCUUGAGACGCCCUUUGAGGAGGACUAUUUCAGACAGAAAGUGCGUUCCAAAAGAGAAGAUCGGAAACCAAAGUCAGUUCAUCCAGACAUUGUAGCUCGCGCCGUGGUAGACACGACCAUCGCUAUCAUUCCCGCCAGCGCUUUCCGAAGAUUGACCCGCACAUAUCCUCAGGCUACUGCUCAUAUCAUACAAGUUAUCAUCGCCAGACUACAACGAGUUACAUUGUCGACCGCGCAUCAAUACCUAGGUCUUACAUCAGAGGUCUUGCAGAUCGAGAAGCUGAUGAACAAAUAUACCAGCUAUGACCUGCCAAACAUGCUUCGAGGAGGCGCGCUCGAUCGAUUGAGGGAUAAAUUUGCUAAAGAGAUAGAACGUCUCGGCAAUGAAGAUAUCACGAAAGGUAUUGCACUUCACAACCCCGUAACAAAUCGGCGACGAUCCUCCACUGGGCUGAGAAAAGAAGCUGCGCUUGCUGCACGGAUCGCUGCCGCCCGUCAAAGUUCUGGUGACCCGGUUGAGAGUGCUGGAACAGAUGUCAAUGCAGGUGACCUUGCCACCAAUGUCUCAACUGCUAGACUCAUCGGUCGUGCUGGCAGCUUGAGUUCUCGCAAUCCACCCUGGAACCUGAUGUCGGAACUGAACAGUAGUCGAGCUGGUGGCCUUUCAAGUCCGCUAGGCAUUCGAGAAAAGACGACAGCACGACCUCCCUCUCAAAAUGGACCUAUUUUACGUCAAGACUCCAGCAGUGAGGAUACUCUACUGAGGGAGUCUGUGUUGGAUUGUAUGGUAAAAGCGCUUGGCUUGGACAUGAAUGCCAGAGACAUCCAUCGUAGGACAGGAGCUGGUGGUGUAUCUGUGGAACAGUCACCUCGGCUGGUCUCAUACGAUGCGCGCAGGCAGACAGCCGUUUUCAGUAAUGCUUUCGGUAUGAUCGAUCCGUACGGAGGCUCUGUUGAUGGCGAUACUGAAUCAGUGGUUUCAUCUGUGGCCAGCUUGGUCGGUCAAGGUGCCAGAAAUAUGCACGAUGAAUUAAUAGACGACGUAGAGAUCGUCUUUUUCCCGAAGGGAUCUGUUCUGGUAGAACAAGGUGAACGAAAUCCGGGAGUCUACUACGUUAUUGAUGGAUUCCUCGAUGUCAGUAUCCCAGUUGAAGAUAAACCUAACAAACAUGCUACGACUACCACUAAUGGCCCGCCUCAAGAGAAGCGUGCACCAGCCCUGCGCAGGACGAAAACUGCUUCCAGCAGAGCCUCUUCCAUUCCGGGAUUGAGUCAGGAACCACUGAAGAAACAAGUGCAAAAGUCGUUGUUCCUGGUCAAGCCGGGAGGCAUCGCAGGCUAUAUCGGCACAUUAUCUUUUCAUCGGUCUCUGACAGAUGUCACAGCUAAAACUGACGUAUACGUUGGCUUUCUGCCACGGCAGUCCCUCGAAAGAGUAGCGGAAAGAUAUCCUAUCCUUCUCCUUACCAUAGCCAAGCGCCUGACCAAUCUGCUGCCCCGACUGAUCUUGCACAUAGACUUUGCGCUCGAAUGGGUCCAGAUUGAUGCUGGUCAAAUCAUCCAUCGCCAAGGCGAUGAUAGUGAUGCUAUCUAUAUUGUGCUCAACGGUAGGCUUCGUGCUAUUAGAGAAAACUCAGAUGGUAGUCUGCAAGCGACUGCUGAGUAUGGCCAAGGCGAAAGCAUCGGAGAACUCGAAGUAAUGACUGAAGGCACGCGACCUGCAACAUUGCAUGCAAUACGUGAUACAGAACUUUGCAGGUUUCCGCGGUCUCUCUUCAACAGUCUUGCUCAAGAGCAUCCAUCAAUCACGAUCCAGAUUUCGAAACUGAUCGCACAAAGAAUGAGAGCCCUGAUCGAAAACCCAGUUAUUGACGAUAUGAAGGAGCGAAAAGGCAAGGCAGGAAUCGCAGAUGGCUCAUCCAGCCUCAAUCUACGAACUAUUGCUAUCUUGCCUGUCACAACUGGGGUGCCUGUCGUUGAGUUUAGUCACAGGCUGUUAAGUGCACUGACGCAGGUCGGUAUACCAAAUGGUGCCACAUCUCUCAAUCAAGCUGUGGUCCUCAAUCACCUGGGCCGCCACGCUUUUAGUAGAAUGGGCAAGCUGAAAUUAUCACAAUAUCUUACGGACCUGGAGGAGAAGUAUGGUAUGGUACUAUAUGUCGCAGAUACGACUGUUUCUUCCCCAUGGACCCAGACAUGCAUUAAGCAAGCAGACUGCAUACUCCUUGUUGGUCUCGCUGAGAGCUCGCCCAGUAUGGGUGAGUAUGAACGUUUCUUGCUCAGCAUGAAAACAACGGCUCGGAAAGACCUUGUACUGUUACACAUGGAAAAGUUCUCGAAACCUGGAUUGACUGCGAAGUGGUUGAGAAAUAGGGGUUGGGUCAAUGGCGGUCAUCACCACGUCCAUAUGUCCUAUCGAAUUCAAUCACACGCGAUUCCGCCACAACCCCGACGUCUUGGCACAGCGAUCAAGAAGAGGGUGGAAGUAAUCCAAGCUGAGAUCCAAAAAUAUACGUCACGUCGUGUCCGGCAGCAACCUCUAUUCUCUGCAGAAACACCAUUCAAGGGCGAUUUCCAUCGGCUUGCGCGACGACUAUGUGGUCGUUCGGUAGGCUUGGUUCUUGGUGGUGGAGGUGCUCGAGGCCUUGCUCAUAUUGGUGUUAUCCGGGCUAUUGAGGAAGCCGGUAUACCGGUCGAUCUUAUUGGUGGUACCUCAAUUGGAGCCUUCAUUGGCGGCCUUUAUGCACGUGACGCAGAGGUUGUGAGCAUGUAUGGUCGUGCGAAACGAUUCGCUGGCAGAAUGGGUAGUAUCUGGCGCUUUGCGUUAGACCUCACCUAUCCUUCUGUCUCCUACACGACAGGUCACGAGUUCAACAGAGGCAUCUACAAAACGUUUGGUAAUUCUCAAAUUGAGGACUUCUGGAUCAACUUCUACUGCAACACAACGAACAUCAGCAAGUCGCGAGCUGAGUUUCAUACUAGUGGUUAUGCGUGGCGGUACAUCCGAGCAAGUAUGACACUAGCCGGUCUCAUACCACCAAUCUGCGAUCAAGGUAGCAUGCUUCUUGACGGUGGUUACAUCGAUAAUCUCACCGUCGCCCAUAUGAAAUCUCUAGGUGCGGAUUUAGUGCUCGCAGUUGACGUUGGUGCGAUAGACGACGAUACUCCACAAGAAUUCGGCGAUUCGCUCUCUGGUGUCUGGGCAGUUCUACAGCGCUGGAAUCCAUUCAGCACUGCGCCAAGUCCGCCUACAUCCUCUGAGAUACAAGGACGCCUUGCAUAUGUGAGUAGCGUCGAUGCGCUGGAGCGAGCUAAGACAACACCAGGCGUGGUGUACAUGCGGCCACCUGUUGUUGCUUAUGCGACUCUCGACUUCGCCAAAUUCGACGAAAUCUGCAAUAUCGGGUAUUCUUUCGCCAAGGAGUUCUUGAGCACCUUGAAAGCAAAAGGCGAGCUGCAGGGAAUUUCCGAAGGGAACAUUGGGGUUGAAGGUGCUGGUGAGGAAGCCCGAUUGAGAAGGACCAUGGCUCCCAGAAGAGCAAGUAUAUAG